UGGGGGCAAAGCAAUCACCAGUCAAUUUUCCUGAACACACUCGACGACUCCUUCACUCACUUCACUUUCUCGUUCACCGCCUACACCUCGCUAUAUAUAGAGGCCUUAAACCCUCUCUCUCCUUCUUUCGACCCUUAAAACACUCUACACACUCUUAGUCUCUAUUACAAAUAAUCAAUCAAUCAUUUCACACACUACAAUUCUUCAUUUUCUCUCUGGAUUGACGUGCUGACGUGGCUAUGGCGGAGAGCCUCAAACACCUUGCCAAGGCUCUCUUCUCCGAUCAAUCGCAGCAGCUGCCGUCGAUUUCCGGCGAGUCGCUCCUCCAGAAGCUCCGGUCCGAUGACACGAUCAGGUCAGGGCUCACCGCUUUCUACUCCGUCCUCCGCCGUGGCGUCGAGCCUACAGGCGGCGCCUCCUCCUCCUUGCGCUUUCAAUCGUGGAACGCCUCGCAGAUUCAGGCGAUUUGUUCGUUCGCAUGCACGAUCGCUUCCGCCUCUCGAUCUUUGUCAGUGGAGGAAGCGGAAGGGAUACUGGUUGCGAUUGUGCAGCAGUCAGUGGAGUUCGCCGUGUGCUACUUAGAGAAAUCUGGGUUCGAUGACGAUGAUAACGAGUUAGGACUUGUUCAGAACAUAAUGCAUCUUUUAGAGAUAGCUUUGGUUGAUGAGAUGAAUAUCUUAGCGGACGUAUCACAACCAGCAAGUGCCUUGGUAGAUCUGUUGCCAAUUGUUGAUGAUUGUAGUGGAUAUGUCAUGGAUGAUCACAGAAAAUGCCAUCUAGAAGGCUUCAGAUGCUCAAAGGAAGAAAAAUCGAUGGAGUGGCUUCUAAAGACUUUAGCUUCUGAACCUGUGUUCCACGAUAGGAAUGAAUCUGGAUCCAGUGAACUGACUGAUUAUCAACAUCUCAGUAGUUUUGUUUUUUUAUGCCAGCAUUCGGCAGUUGUCCAUGGAAAAUGCACUCCACGCUUGAUCUUGCUGUGCAGUAAACUAGCUAAAAUCAAUGAUGUUUCUGAUGAUAAGGAAGUAGGCCAGAAUUUUAGGAAGAGACUGUCUCUCAUUUUGAGGAUAUUAAAGAUCCUUGGAAGUCUCAUAAAGGAUGUUUUGUAUGUAGAAUAUGAUGCAUCAUUGGUGAGGGCUAUUGCCUCAUUUGCUGAUACUUUGUCUAAUUUGUUUAGAGUUAAACAUGAGUUUGUGAAUACAUAUGCUAUCAUUGAGGGAAGUCUUGAGAGCAUUAUUUUAAUGGUCGUGGAAGAGUUUCUUCACAAUGUGCAGGUUAUUUUUGGUAGUAGCAGUAUUGUGCAGAAUAUUGAAGCUUGUAUUAUAGCAUCUAUGUUGGAGAGUUUGGAUUCUUCUUUUUGGACAUAUGAUAAGUCUGCAACAAAUUUGAAACCCCCUUUAUCAUACUUCCCCCGGUUUGUUCUUUACAUGUUAAAACUCAUCAACGAUUUGAAGAGACAAAGGCAGCAGGUUUCUUUUGAUUGGAAAGACUUCAAUGUAGAACUCUUUAGCAGUUCCACUGACUCGCAAAAUAGCUCCCCUUCAUGCCGUGUCUAUCAAGAGUCAGUUCCUCUGCUGAAGCACUACACAUUUGAAGAGCUUUUGAAGCUUAUAUUUCCUGCAUCAAGCCUAUGGAUUGGCAACUUGAUGCAACUUGCUUUGUUCCUUCACUCUGAAGGGUUGAAGUUAAAGCCAAAAAUUGAAAGGUCAUGUUCUAGUUUUUCAAAAGUUGCCGGAGCAUCUGAACAAGAAAAUGCAGUAUGCCAUGAAGAUGAGGCCCUUUUUGGAGAUCUUUUCUCUGAGACUGCACGUUCUGUUGGGUCUACAGAUGGAUGUGAACAACCUGGUACUGCUUCAGUUUCUAGCACCAACUAUCAGAAUUUCCCAAUUCAAGCUGCCAUAGAACUUUUGAACUUUCUUAAAACGUGCAUCUUUUCUCCUGAAUGGAGUCCUUCUCUUUAUGAGGAUGCCUGCAAAAAGCUCAGUACUGCAGACAUGGAUAUUUUGCUUUCCUUACUCAAUUGUCAGGGUUGUUGUUCUGAAGAAAAUGUGUCUGAUACUUCUACUCCCUCUCACGAAGGCAGAAGGAUCGGGCAUGUCCAUGAGCUUUGCUUUGAUAUUUUGCACAAUGUUCUCACAAACCAUGCUUUGAAUGAUUUCCUUGAAGACUAUCUUUUGGAGAAGAUGCUUACUGUUGAAAAUGGUGCCUUCAGUUAUAAUGAUCGGAUGCUGACCUUGCUCACUCACACUUUGUUUUGUAGUGUUGGUUCUGCUGGUAGUAAGCUGAGAAACAAGAUUUGUGAAGGAUAUGCUUCCUUUGUUUGUGAGAAAGUGAAGUCUGUUUCUAGGAAAUGCCCAAGUAUUGAUGACCUUGUUGGAACUCUUCCCUCGUUGUUUCACAUUGAGGUAGUUCUCAUGGCAUUUCACUUGUCUUCUGAACUAGAAAAGGCAACAAUGGCGAACUUAAUCUUUUCAAACCUCCAAGAAGUUGCUAAGCAGGUACUGGAUUUGAACAGUUCGCUGUUAACAUGUUGGGCUUUGGUGGUGUCAAGACUGAUCCUAGUUCUACGUCAUAUGAUAUUUCAUCAACAGAAAUGUCCGUCAUCAUUGCUUGUUGAUGUGCGGUCUAAGUUAAGGGAAGCAACGCUAUCUGCAUCAUCUAUUCCGAAUAAGAUGAAUGAUCACCUCUCAUCUUGGUCAUUAACUGCACUAAGAAAUGUUGCUGGUGGAUUGCUUGGACAGGACAUGAAUGUGAGUAGCUUGAUUGGUCAACUAAUUGAUGUUUCUAGAUCUUCUGGUUCACUUGGUAGAGAUGACUUGGCAAUCGACAUUUUAAAUUUGAAUUGGAAGGACAUACAUGUUACUUUUUCACAGAUUUUGGGAUUUUGGGGACAGAAAAUGGCUGCUACUGUGGAGGAUUUAAUUGUUGAACGAUAUAUUUUCACCCUUUGUUGGGAUAUUCCUUAUGUAGUUUCUGAAGCAGACCAUUCAGUUCCAUCUUGGAGUAGCGACAACUCUGUGGAUCUGUCCAAUAUGUCAGAAGGUACCGAAGAAUUAGGUUGGGAUUUCCUCAGAACUGGAAUGUGGUUAUCUCUAGUGCUCUCCUUCACUCAUGUUGGCAUCUUGGGAUAUUGCAUGGACAAAGCGAUUUCAGUACAGGGCCUUGGCUGGACUGAGAAUGCUUUUGGGGAAGAGAAAUAUGUUGAACUGGCUGGGAGCAUGAUUUCCUCCCUGGUGGAGUCUGGUAAAUUUGCAUGUCUAAUAAGCGCGCUCUCAUCUUUGUUGGACAAGUACUUGCAAGCCCAUCAGAAAGCUUUUCUUGGUAGCCUUAGUUACCAACAAAAGCCGGCUUCUGAUUUUUCACCAUUCUUGCUCAUGAAACAUACUGGAAUUGACAAAAGCCUGCAGGAUGAGCUGCUUGAGAGGAGUGGCUGUAAUGAAGGUGAGCUUCAGUCUGUCGUUGGCCUCAUACCACAGUUGGAUGCUGCUGUUGAUAAAAAAGCUUCAGGAGUUCUUCCUAAGGCCUACUGGGAGUGCAUGUUGCAUGGCUUUCCUUGUCAUCUUUCUACUCCUAGUGCUACUUUGCUUUCUUGUGCUCUUAGCAUAAGAGGAAUUAUCUGUGUCCUAGAUGGGUUGUUUAGAAUAACAGCAGGGAGAAAGGUUGAUUUGGACAUCGAAGUUCUUGGGCAAAUUCUUGAUGCUGUAAUGAUUAUCAAGUAUGAUAGGAUAUUUGAAAGUGUUCAUGGGAAAUGUGAUGCUGUUUAUCAAAUCAUAGGUGCAGAACUGGAAUGGUCAAGUUAUGCUGACUUAAUUCUAAUGAAGCAAAUGGAAGGGUUUCUGAAAGACAUUAAUUCUAGGGGAGAAGGUCAUGACAGUGUCCAAGAAUGGAUAAUCUGCAGAAUUAUUGAGAUAUUGAGUGGAACUAGAAAAGACCCUUCAAAGUCUGCUGUUUUUCACUUUUAUCUUGGUAUUGAAAAUGUGCCUGGACAGAUCAGUAGGCAUUUGCAAUUGCAUAAUGGUGACUGUUUAGUGCUAAUUGAUUCGCUGGAUACCUGUUACUCUGAAUCUGUGAAUGUGAAGGUUCUCGAUUUCUUUGUGGAUCAUUUAUCUGGAGAGCAAUUUCCUGAUCUCAAGCUGAGAAUACAAAGGAAAUUCCUUGGAAGAGAUGUACAUAUGGUGUCUAAGUGGUUGGAGAAGAGGCUCUUAGGAAGCAUAAUAAAAUUAGAUACUGGCAUCUGUGCAAAGGGGACCUCCAUUUCUCUACGGGAAUCAACAAUGAAUUUUAUUCUGUGCCUUCUGUCACCAACCUCAGAACAAUCCAAAGAGUUGCAACAUCAUAUUUUUAAUUCUUUGCUGCUGUCACUUGAUGCUGCUUUUUUGCAAUUUGAUAUACUUGCAGCAAAAUCAUAUUUUAGUUUCAUUGUUCAGAUUUCAAGAGGAGAGUCAUUAAUGAAACAGCUUUUGAAGAGGACUGUUGUGUUGAUGGAUAAACUGGUAGGCAAUGAAAAUUUGCUUCCAGGAUUGAAGUUUCUAUUUGGCUUUAUUGAAAUUGUCUUAAGUGACUGUAAAUCUGGUAAAAUUUCACUUCAAAGAACAACUAAAAAGUGUUCAUCUAGCAGUAGUCUUGGGAUAGGUCAUGUGUCUGCCCGACCAGUUGGAUCCAGAAAGGACUCGGACACAUUUAUUCUUUCUGCCAAUCAAGAAGGGGGAUCAACGUCGCUUGAAUGUGAUGCAACUUCUGUUGACGAGGACGAGGAUGAUGCAACUUCUGAUGGGGAGGUUCUGAGCAUAGAUAAGGAAGAUGAAGAGGAUGCUAGUAGUGAAAGGGCCCUUGCCUCUAAAGUUUGCACCUUCACUUCUAGUGGCAGCAAUUUCAUGGAGCAGCAUUGGUACUUCUGCUAUACAUGUGACCUAACCGUAUCAAAAGGCUGCUGUUCAGUCUGUGCAAAGGUGUGUCAUCGGGGUCAUCGUGUUGUCUAUUCACGCUCAAGCCGGUUCUUUUGUGAUUGCGGAGCUGGGGGUGUUAGAGGUAGCAGUUGUCAGUGCCUGAAACCUCGGAAAUUCACUGGAGACAGCGGUGCACCUGUUCGUGGCUCUAACGCUUUUCAGUCAUUUCUACCCUUUUCCGAGGAUGGAGAUCAGCUGCCAGAUAGUGAUUCGGAAUUUGAAGACGACAACAGUUCAGAUAUUGAUAACUCGCUUAGGUUAUCUAUACCAAAAGAGCUUCAAGAAGAUAUUCCGUCAUUAAUGGAGGAACUUGAUGUUGAAAGUCAUGUGCUUAAUCUUUGCUCCUCUUUGAUGCAACUUAUAAUUAGCAGACGAGAGUCUCACCAUUCUAAGGAUAAGAAAAUCAGUUUGGGUGAAGACAAGGUGAUUUCUCAUGGUGUAGAUCUCCUGCAAUUGAAGAAAGCAUAUAAAGGUGGAUCUCUUGAUCUUAAGAUAAAGGUUGAUUAUUCAAAUGCCAAGGAGCUUAAAUCCCAUCUGGCGAGUGGUUCUCUCGUGAAGUCUUUGCUGAGUGUUAGUGUACGAGGUCGACUUGCUGUUGGCGAAGGUGAUAAAGUUGCUAUAUAUGAUGUUGGACAGUUAAUUGGUCAAGCCACCAUUUCACCUGUGACUGCUGACAAGACUAAUCUGAAACCUCUUUCCAAAAACAUUGUUCGCUUUGAAAUCGUACAACUGGUGUUCAAUCCUGUUGUUGAGAAUUAUCUGGUUGUAGCUGGUUAUGAGGAUUGCCAGGUUCUUACGUUGAAUCAUCGUGGAGAAGUGAUUGACCGGCUGGCCAUUGAACUUGCUUUACAAGGGGCAUAUAUUAGACGGGUGGAUUGGGUUCCUGGCUCACAGGUUCAAUUGAUGGUUGUGACCAACAGAUUUGUCAAGAUAUAUGAUCUGUCCCUAGACAAUAUCAGUCCAAUGCACUACUUUACUUUGUCAAAUGACACGAUUGUGGAUGCCAUUCUUUAUCCAGCUUCUCAAGGAAGAAUGUUUCUUAUAGUUCUUUCAGAAAAUGGAUACAUUUUCAGGUUAGAGUUGCCAGUCAAAGGAAAUGUUGGGUCUAUGCCACUGAAAGAACAUGUGCAACUUCUGGGAAAGGAAAUUCAUUCAAAGGGAUCAUCAUUGUAUUUCUCUUCAACUUAUAAGCUACUCUUCAUAUCUUUUCAAGAUGGUACCACAUUGAUAGGUCGGCCCAGCUCUGAUGCAUCCUCCAUUGUUGAGUUGUCUUCUGUGUAUGAAGAGUUAGAAAGUAAGCUGCGGCCUGCUGGAGUACAUCAUUGGAAAGAACUUCUGGCGGGCAGUGGAUUGUUUGUAUGCUUGUCAACUGUGAAAUCCAAUACUGCACUUGCCGUGUCAAUGGGGGAAUGUGAAAUACUUGCACAGAGUAUGCGGCACUCUAUGGGUUCCACCUCACCUAUAGUCGGUAUGACUGCAUACAAGCCGCUGUUGAAAGAUAAAAUACACUGCUUUGUCUUACAUGAUGAUGGUAGCCUUCAAAUAUAUUCACAUGCUCCAGCAGGUGCUGAUGCUGGUGCGAUUGCAGCAUCUGAAAAAGUUAAGAAACUGGGUUCUGGUAUCCUCAAUAAAGCCUAUGCGGGUACAAAUCCUGAAUUUCCUCUUGAUUUCUUUGAGAAGACUGUGUGCAUUACACCGGAUGUGAAACUGGGUGGUGAUGCCAUUAGAAAUGGAGAUUUUGAAGGAGCUAAACAGAGCUUGGUGAAUGAGGAUGGUUUUCUUGAAAGUCCGAGCCCUGCAGGUUUUAAGAUAUCUGUCUUCAAUUCAAACCCUGAUAUAGUCAUGGUUGGUCUUCGAGUUCAUGUUGGUAACACAUCAGCAAGUCACAUACCUUCUAGUAUUUCUAUCUUCCAGAGGGUUACUAAAUUAGAUGAAGGAAUGAGGUCCUGGUAUGAUAUUCCAUUUACUGUUGCCGAGUCGCUGCUUGCUGAUGAAGAAUUUACAAUCUCAGUUGGGCCAACCUUUAAUGGCUCUACACUUCCCAGAAUAGACUCACUUGAAGUUUAUGGCCGAGCUAAGGAUGAAUUUGGUUGGAAGGAGAAAAUGGAUGCAGUUUUGGAUAUGGAAGCAAGAGUACUUGGGUCACAUUCAGCAGUUGCUGGAUCCGGGAAGAAGCGCCGUUCAAUGCAGUCUGCUCCCAUUCAGGAGCAGGUACUAGGAGAUGGGCUUAAGCUAAUUGCCAAGUUUUAUUCAUCAUGUAGGCAACAGAGUUGCUCAAGGCUGGAAGAAGCAAAGGCAGAGCUAGGCAAACUCAAGUGUAGGCAAUUACUUGAAACAAUAUUUGAGAGUGAUCGGGAGCCAAUACUGCAGGCUUCAGCUUCUUGUGUAUUACAGGCCAUUUUCCCCAAGAAAGAGUUAUACCACCAAGUUAAAGAUACAAUGAGGCUUCUUGGAGUAGUGAAAUCAUCUUCAUUACUAUCAUCAAAGCUUGGGAUUGGUGGUUCUGUGGGAAGUUGGAUCAUUGAAGAGUUCACUACCCAGUUGCGUGCAGUUUGUAAGAUUGCAUUGCAACGCCGUUCUAAUUUGGCAACAUUUCUGGAGACAAAUGGAUCAGAAGUGGUGGAUGCACUAAUGCAAGUUCUAUGGGGAAUUUUGGAUUUUGAGCAGCCUGACACACAAACCAUGAACAACAUUGUUAUGUCUGCAGUUGAACUUAUUUAUUGCUAUGCUGAAUGCUUGGCUCUGCAUGGAAAUGAUGCAGGAGUGCGCUCUGUGGCACCUGCUGUUGUAUUACUCAAGAAGCUUCUCUUUUCGUCCAACGACAUCAUUGUUAAGGAUCUGAUACAUUUCUUUUUCAGUUUGGCCAUAUCUUCAAGAUUGCUUCAGGUCCCUUUUCCUAAGCAGACGAUGUUAGCCACAGAUGAUGUCAAUGAGAGUGUAGCAUCGGUUCCUGGCCCUGUUGAUACAAGUAGUGGAAAUAACCCAGUCAUGAUAGAAGAAGACACUAUUACCUCAUCUGUUCAAUACUGUUGUGAUGGCUGCUCUACUGUGCCUAUACUCAGGCGAAGAUGGCAUUGUACUGUCUGUCCUGAUUUUGACUUGUGUGAGGCUUGCUAUGAAGUACUAGAUGCAGACAGACUUCCUCCACCACAUUCUAGAGAUCACUCGAUGACAGCAAUUCCAAUUGAGGUGGAUUCAGUUGGGGAUGGCAAUGAAUUUCACUUUGCAUCGGAUGACGUUACUGACCCAAAUCUGCUAGCCGUAUCUGCUGAGAGAACUGUGCAGAAUUCUCCAUCAAUUCAUGUCUUGGAACCCAGUGAUUCUGGAGAAUUUGCUGCUUCCUUGACCGAUCCUGUCUCAAUUUCUGCUUCAAAACGGGAGAUAAAUUCCUUACUUCUCUCUGAGCUUCUGGAACAACUGAAAGGGUGGAUGGAUACAACAUCAGGAAUCCAAGCAAUACCUGUUAUGCAGCUUUUCUACAGGUUGUCAUCUGCUGUGGGUGGACCUUUUAUAGGCAGCUCAAAGCCAGAUAGCCUAGAUUUAGAGAAACUAAUCAAGUGGUUUUUGGAUGAGAUAAAUCUUGAUAGGCCAUUCGCAGCGAGAACUCGAUCAUCAUUUGGUGAAGUGGCAAUAUUGGUCUUCAUGUUUUUCACAUUGAUGCUUCGUAACUGGCAUCAACCUGGUAGUGAUGGUUCCAUGCCAAGACAGAGUGGAGCUGUGGAUAUGCAUGAUAAGAAUGUAAUUGAUUUUCCAUCAACUGCUUCAACUACAGCUAAGACUUCAGCAGAUGAGCAAGAGAAGAAUGAUUUUGCAACACAGCUUCUUCGAGCCUGUGAUUCUCUUAGGCAGCAAGCUUUUGUAAAUUAUCUGAUGGAUAUAUUGCAGCAGCUUGUACAUGUUUUCAAAUCUCCUGUUAAUAAUGAUGUGCAUAAUAAUCUUGGGCCUGGUUGUGGGGCUCUGCUCACAGUACGUAGAGAUUUACCAGCUGGUAACUUCUCACCAUUCUUUUCUGAUUCAUAUGCCAAGGCACAUCGAGCGGAUAUUUUUAUGGAUUACCAUAGGCUCUUGUUAGAGAAUGCUUUCCGACUGGUGUAUACCCUUGUUCGGCCCGAAAAGCAUGACAAAACCGGGGAAAAAGAAAAGGUACACAAGCUGUCAUAUGGUAAGGAUUUAAAGCUAGAUGGGUAUCAGGAUGUUCUCUGCAGUUACAUUAAUAAUCCUCAUACAAAUUUUGUGAGAAGAUAUGCCAGGAGGCUUUUCCUGCACCUCUGUGGGAGCAAGUCUCACUAUUAUAGCGUGCGGGACUCGUGGCAGUUCUCCAGUGAAGUGAAGAGACUCUAUAAACAUGUAAACAAGUCUGGUGGCUUCCAAAAUAACCCUAUCCCUUACGAAAGAAGUGUCAAGAUUGUGAAGUGUCUUUCCACUAUGGCAGAAGUAGCAGCUGCACGUCCUCGGAACUGGCAGAAAUACUGUUUAAGGCAUGGAGAUAUUCUAUCAUUCCUGAUGAAUGGAAUAUUUUAUUUCAGUGAAGAGUCUGUUAUUCAGACUCUUAAACUUCUCAAUUUUGCCUUCUACACAGGAAAGGAUGUUGGUCAUACUUCACAAAAGACAGAGUAUGGAGACAUAAGUUCAAAUAAAUCAGGCAUCACAUCUCAAGAAUCAAAGAAGAAGAAGAAAGGUGAAGAUGGAGCUGAAUCUGGUUCAGAGAAGUCGUAUUUGGAUAUGGAAGCUGCAGUGGAGGUCUUUACUGACAAGAGUGGCAAUAUCUUAAAGCAGUUCAUAGAUUGUUUCCUUUUGGAAUGGAAUUCAAGCACUGUUCGGGCAGAGGCAAAAUCCGUAUUAUAUGGUGCUUGGCAUCAUGCCAAAUCAAUGUUCAAAGAAACUUUGCUAACAGCCCUCUUGCAGAAAGUUAAGUUUCUCCCAAUGUAUGGCCAGAACAUUGUAGAGUUCACAGAACUUGUGACUUGGUUGCUUGGAAGAUCCCCUGAUACUAGUUCAAAACACCAGAUUUCUGAAAUUGUGGACCGAUCAUUGACUCCUGAUGUAAUUAAGUGCAUCUUUGAGACACUCCAUUCACAGAAUGAGUUGUUAGCUAACCAUCCAAAUUCUCGCAUUUAUAAUACUUUGAGUGGCUUGGUUGAGUUUGAUGGAUACUAUCUUGAGAGUGAACCUUGUGUUGCCUGCAGCUCUCCUGAAGUUCCUUACAGCAGGAUGAAGCUGGAAUCUCUAAAAUCUGAAACAAAGUUCACUGAUAACCGUAUCAUAGUGAAAUGCACUGGUAGCUACACAAUUCAGACUGUGAUAAUGAAUGUUCAUGAUGCCAGAAAGUCAAAAUCAGUGAAGGUUUUGAAUCUAUACUAUAAUAACAGGCCAGUUGCUGACUUGUCAGAGUUGAAAAAUAACUGGUCUUUGUGGAAGCGUGCAAAAAGCUGUCAUCUUGCUUUCAAUCAGACUGAACUUAAAGUGGAAUUUCCCAUUCCCAUUACAGCUUGCAACUUUAUGAUUGAAUUAGAUUCCUUCUAUGAAAAUCUUCAGGCAUUGUCUCUUGAGCCAUUGCAGUGCCCGCGUUGUAGUCGUCCUGUCACUGAUAAGCAUGGUAUAUGUGGCAAUUGUCAUGAAAAUGCUUAUCAAUGCAGGCAAUGUCGCAAUAUCAAUUAUGAGAAUUUGGAUUCCUUUUUAUGCAACGAGUGUGGAUACAGCAAAUAUGGGCGGUUUGAGUUUAAUUUCAUGGCAAAACCCAGUUUUACAUUUGAUAACAUGGAGAAUGAUGAAGAUAUGAAGAAGGGGCUAGCAGCAAUAGAGUCCGAGUCAGAGAAUGCUCAUAGGCGAUACCAGCAACUUUUGGGCUUCAAAAAGCCCUUGCUUAAAAUUGUAUCAAGCAUUGGUGACAGUGAAAUAGACUCGCAACAAAAGGAUUCUGUGCAGCAAAUGAUGGUGUCUUUACCCGGACCAUCUUGUAAAAUCAAUAGGAAAGUUGCUCUUCUUGGGGUGCUCUAUGGUGAGAAGUGCAAAGCAGCUUUUGAUUCUGUCAGCAAAAGUGUCCAGACACUGCAAGGGCUACGCAAGGUGCUGAUGAAUUAUCUGCACCAAAAGCAUUCUGAUAAUAGUGUGGCUUCAAGAUUUGUGGUUUCUAGAACACCAAAUAAUUGUUAUGGGUGCGCAACAACAUUUGUGACACAAUGCCUAGAAUUGUUACAGGUGUUGGCAAAGCAUCCAAAUUCUAAGAAACAACUUGUUUCAGCCGGUAUUUUGUCCGAGUUAUUUGAGAAUAACAUUCAUCAAGGUCCUAAAGCUGCUCGUGUACAAGCAAGGGCUGUACUUUGUUCUUUAUCUGAAGGUGACGUGAAUGCAGUAAGUGAAUUGAACAGUCUGAUACAAAAGAAAGUAUUGUACUGCCUUGAGCAUCAUCGCUCGAUGGACAUUGCUGUGACUACACGUGAGGAGUUGCUAUUACUUUCUGAGGUGUGUUCUUCAGCUGAUGAGUUCUGGGAAUCCAGGCUACGUGUUGUUUUUCAGUUACUGUUUUCUUCCAUCAAGUUAGGUGCCAAGCAUCCUGCCAUCUCUGAGCACGUCAUUCUUCCAUGUCUGAGAAUCAUAUCUCAGGCAUGUACCCCCCCAAAGCCUGAGACACUAGACAAAGAGCAAGGCCUUGCAAAGUCUACUGUAAAGGUAAAGGAUGAGAGUAAUAAAAAUGUAUCAGGAUCCUUGACUGGUGCUGUCUCUGUCAGUGGGACCAAAACAUUGCCAGACUCCUCUGAAAGAAAUUGGGACGUGACACCUAAGGCUCAAGAUAUCCAGUUGUUGAGCUAUUCUGAGUGGGAGAGGGGAGCUUCUUAUCUUGAUUUUGUUAGAAGGCAAUAUAAAGUAUCACAGGCAGUCAAAGGUAUUGGCCAGAGGUCACGACCCCAAAGGCAUGACUAUCUGGCACUUAAAUAUGCUCUACGGUGGAAGCGUCGCACUGGUAAAGUAGCUAAAAGUGACUUAUCGGUGUUUGAGUUGGGAUCAUGGGUCAAAGAGCUUGUUCUGAGUGCCUGUUCUCAAUCCAUUAGAUCAGAGAUGUGUAUGUUGAUAAGCUUGCUUUGCUCUCAAAGUUCAUCCAGACAAUAUCGGUUGCUGAACCUAGUGGUUUCUUUGUUACCUGCAACACUUUUUGCUGGAGAAAGUGCGGCAGAAUAUUUUGAGUUACUAUUCAAGAUGAUAGAGUCAGAGGAUGCUCGUUUAUUUUUUACUGUUCAGGGUUGUUUGCGUACAAUCUGUACUCUAAUUACCCAAGAAGUGAGUAAUGUUGAGUCUUUGGAAAGGAGUCUACAUAUUGAUAUAUCUCAGGGUUUUAUCCUUCAUAAACUCAUCGAGCUUCUUGGAAAAUUUUUUGAGGUUCCAAACGUCAGAUCCAGAUUCAUGCGAGACAACUUACUUUCUGAAAUUCUUGAAGCCCUUAUUGUAAUUCGAGGUUUGAUAGUUCAAAAGACAAAGUUGAUUAGUGAUUGCAAUCGGCUCUUGAAAGAUCUUUUGGAUAGCCUCCUGCUAGAAAGCAGUGACAACAAGCGACAAUUCAUUAGGGCCUGCAUCAAUGGUUUGCAAAUACACGGGGAAGAGAGAAAGGGGCGUACCUGUUUGUUUAUAUUGGAGCAGCUUUGCAACCUGAUCUGCCCCUCCAAACCUGAGCCUGUAUAUUUGUUGGUCCUAAACAAGGCGCAUACCCAAGAAGAGUUUAUCAGGGGAUCAAUGACUAAGAAUCCGUAUUCCAGUUCUGAAAUUGGGCCAUUAAUGCGUGAUGUUAAGAACAAGAUUUGCCAUCAGUUGGAUUUGUUAGGCCUUCUUGAGGAUGACUAUGGAAUGGAGUUGCUAGUUGCUGGGAAUAUCAUCUCUCUUGAUUUGAGCAUAGCCCAAGUCUAUGAGCAAGUCUGGAAGAAGUCAAGUCAGUCUUCUAAUGUGGCCAAUUCCAACUUGUUGUCCCCAAAUGCUGCCACCUCAUCUAGAGAAUGCCCACCUAUGACAGUGACUUAUCGACUUCAGGGAUUGGAUGGUGAAGCAACUGAGCCUAUGAUUAAAGAGUUGGAGGAGGAUAGAGAGGAGUCUCUGGAUCCAGAGGUCGAAUUUGCCAUAGCAGGUGCUGUUCGGGAAUGUGGUGGACUGGAGAUAUUAUUGGGCAUGAUUCAGCGUCUGCGAGAUGAUUUCAAGGCCAAUCAGGAGCAAUUGGUAGCAGUUCUUAAUCUUCUUAUGUACUGCUGCAAAAUUAGAGAAAACAGACGAGCCUUGUUAAAGCUAGGUGCUUUAGGUUUACUUCUUGAGACGGCAAGGCGAGCUUUCUCAGUUGAUGCCAUGGAGCCAGCUGAAGGCAUACUUUUAAUUGUUGAAAGCCUGACAUUAGAAGCAAAUGAAAGUGACAAUAUUAGCAUCACACAGGGUGGACUAACUGUCACUAAUGAAGAAUCUGGUACAGGUGAACAAGCCAAAAAGAUAGUUCUUAUGUUCUUGGAGAGAUUAUCGCAUCCAUCAGGCCUCAAGAAAUCAAACAAACAACAGAGGAACACAGAGAUGGUUGCUCGAAUAUUGCCUUACUUGACUUAUGGGGAACCUGCUGCAAUGGAAGCUCUUAUCCAGCAUUUUAGUCCUUAUUUACAGGAUUGGGGUGCAUUUGACCAUGUGCAGAAACAAUAUUUGAACAAUCCAAAGGAUGAUAAUGUUGCUCAGAAAGCCGCAAAGCAGAGGUUUACACUGGAAAAUUUUGUUAGGGUUUCAGAGUCACUAAAGACAAGCUCCUGUGGAGAGAGAUUAAAGGGCAUGAUCCUAGAGAAGGGUAUAACUAAAGCUGCAAUGAGACAUUUGAAAGACAGUUUUCCUGAUGUGGGGCAAGCUGGAUUUAAGAAUAAGGAUGAAUGGGCACAGGGUUUAACACUACCAUCUGUCCCUCUUAUAUUGUCUAUGUUGAGAGGUUUGUCAAUGGGGCAUCUACUUACCCAAAUAUGUAUCGAUGAAGAAGGUAUCCUACCCUUGUUGCAUGCCUUGGAAGGGGUUUCAGGAGAAAAUGAAAUCGGGGCAAGGGCUGAAAAUUUGUUGGACACUUUAUCUAACAAGGAGGGUAAAGGAGAUGGAUUCUUAGAGGAGAAGGUUAGUAAGUUGCGACAUGCGACUAGGGAUGAAAUGAGGCGCCGGGCUUUGCGCAAGAGAGAGGAGUUGCUUCAGGGCCUUGGGAUGCGUCAAGAGCUGUCUCCAGAUGGAGGUGAGCGCAUUCUUGUUGCCCGGCCUCUUCUUGAAGGUUUAGAAGAUGUCCAGGAGGAGGAGGAUGGAUUGGCAUGCAUGGUAUGCCGGGAAGGAUAUACUUUAAGACCCACUGAUUUGCUGGGCGCUUACUCAUAUAGUAAGCGUGUGAAUCUAGGCGUAGGUGCUUCUGGCAGUGCUCGUGGUGAAUGUGUUUACACUACUGUAAGUUACUUCAAUAUUAUUCAUUUCCAGUGCCAUCAAGAGGCCAAAAGAGCAGAUGCUGGCUUGAGGAAUCCUAAGAAAGAGUGGGAUGGGGCAAUGCUCAGAAACAACGAAUCUCUCUGUAAUUCUUUAUUCCCUGUCCGAGGUCCAUCUGUUCCACUCUCACAGUAUGUGCGAUAUGUCGACCAGUACUGGGACAAUCUUAAUGCUCUUGGGCGUGCUGAUGGAAGUAGACUUCGCCUGUUAACGUACGACAUUGUUCUGAUGUUAGCUCGAUUUGCAACAGGGGCAUCAUUCAGUGCAGAUAGCCGCGGUGGCGGACAGGAAAGCAAUUCUCGGUUCCUUCCGUUCAUGAUUCAAAUGGCACGCCAUCUCCUUGAUCAAGGAAGCUCCUCACAACGACGGACCAUGGCCAGGGCUGUAUCAGCAUAUCUAACCUCUUCCACGUCAGAGACAAGACCCUCUUCUCCACCUGGCACUCAAUCUGCGUUGGGGACAGAAGAAACUGUCCAAUUCAUGAUGGUGAACUCGCUCCUCUCGGAGUCUUACGAGUCUUGGAGGCAGCACCGCCGUGCUUUCCUGCAGCGUGGAAUCUACCAUGCAUAUCUGCAGCACACGCAUGGUCGGUCAACAACUCGUCCAGCAUCAUCUGUAUCAGCUUCUGCGGAAACUGGAAGCAUGGACCAAAGCACCACAGCGGAAUCAGAACAGAAACAGAAUGAUGAUCUUUUGUCGAUCAUUCGUCCAAUGCUUGUUUACACAGGCUUGAUUGAGCAGCUGCAGCAUUUCUUCAAGGUCAAGAAGUUGGCGAGCACGGCACCCAUGAAGACUGAAGGCCCGUCAUCGGCAGAAGGGGAGGAUGAAAGUAGCAACUUGGAAGGCUGGGAAGUGUUGAUGAAAGAACGGUUAUUGAAUGUGAAAGAGCUUCUCGGGUUCCCCAAGGAGAUGCUGUCCUGGCUUGAUGAGAUUAAUUCUGCCGAUGAUCUGCAAGAGGCUUUUGACAUAGUCGGCGUUCUAGCGGACGUGUUGUCCGGCGGGUUCACUCGGUGUGAAGACUUUGUUAUGGCUGCAAUUAAUGCAGGCAAAAGCUGAAGAAAUUUUCAUUUCCCUUUUGAGGUUGAAGAUAUAAACCCUCGUUAAUGUAGAACGCUUGUGUACUAUUAAUAUUCUUGUUACAACGCUGAAGCUGAUGGAAAUUGAAAGAGAA